AUGGACUACACCAACGAGAAUGUGGGCGCGAUGAAGCGUUCUGGUAUUCCUCCACCAAAACCCAUCACUCUCCACGCCUCUCCACCGCCCGCUCUGGCCGAAUUGCGAGAUUCGAGCAUGAACACCCGCUCUGCAAUCGCGCCGUCAUCGAUGAAGCACAAACCGUCCGGCUGUAAACUACCCACACCCAUCCUGAAUGAAUCCAACGAGCUGCUGACAUACCCAGUGCCAGAACCCGCCUUUAAAAUGCGCAAGACCCUCAAGGAGAAGGCUGGCGAACCUAUCGCACUGAAGCCAGGCGCCUCAUCUAUCUCGCGCUUGCCCCCUAAUAGUGUUAAGGGCAUUUCGGGGCGUAAUCAUGCAGUCUCGACCUCACGCAUGCCUUCGAAAGGCCUAUCCAAACACUCGUCUGUGGCAACCCUUGGUGGUAGUGUGGGAGGCCCGCGGGGCCCCGCGCGACCCAAGUCUGCCUACGGUCAAUACAGUGGUCAUGCACGGAGCAAGUCCUAUCAUCAGGGCGCGCGGCCGGCCACCGCAAUGAGAGGUGGCAAGGAUGAGGAGGACGAAGAGGAAGCGGAGCGCAAAGGUGUGCAACCAUUUCAUAUCCCUAUGAGCCCCACCGAAAGCAUGCAUGUUUCGAAAAGGACAGCGUCAUCCUACGUAAUGCGCGCAAAUCCCAGCCAUAUGUUCUCUCAGAAAUCCUUGUAUUUGUGGACGACGCGUCCUGUCUCUUCUCAUUCUGUUCUUCGCCCAAUCACACCUGUCAUCGAGGAGCCUGCUCAGAUUGAUCGCGGUGACAUCUGCACAAGUUUGGGAGCGCUCAUUUUGCGCGACUCAAAAGCAGAGUCUGGUGGAACUCAUGACGGCCGGAACUCUUCAUCUAGCAAGGGAACCACCGUAUUUCUGAGCACGAAAAUGUCCCAGUCUCAUCUUUCUCUGACUACAGCCCCCCCUAUCCGACCGCAACUUAUGGCCGUGUCAUUUCGGCAAUCAGUAUCAACGCUCAAGAAACCACCACAAUCACCUUUCCUGAACAAAUUCACUAACGACCGCUGCCCAGACUUUUACGAUGAGCGCAUUGAGAAAAUGGAACGCGAAUUCCGCGUAUUCAAGGAACAGAUGGAAGGUGAUGUAGGACAAGCUACCAAGUACAAGGAGUCAAUCCAGCAACUCCAGAAUCGGGUUACCGAACUAGAGGCGAUUCGUGCCCGUCUUGAGGUCGUUAACAAAGGGUUGAACUUCGAGCUAGACGACACGCGAAGCUGCCUCAAGUCGGUUAAGAUGGAGAUGGAGAUGGCGCAACAAAAACAUUCAUACGAAGUAGACGAUCUUCGCCGAAAAUUGCGCAAUGAGGUUGAGGAGCUGGAAUUUCGAUAUCAAAAAGACACUGCACGGCUACAGAGGCAGAACGAAGACGCAGAGAGCAAGGUGCGAAAGGACCUAGAGGAAAAAAUUGAUAGACUUCUCAAAGAUCACUCCUUGGAGCUAGCGGAGCUUCGCAAGCAGCUGGAUAUCGACAGUCAAGCAGAGCGCGCUAGACAGUCAGAACUAGCCCAAAAGAUUGAAACGGAGUAUGCCUCGAAAUUACGAAUGGCUGCACUCGACUCAGAUGCGAAGGAGCGAGAAGUCCAGCUCCUGCAGGGCGAGGUAACGAAGGUGAAGGCUGAGCUUGAUCGUGAACGACUUCUAAAGGCAGGCCUCCAGAUCCAACUAACAGAGUCGAUCACGAACAAUCUGGCCAUGGAUGCAGCGAAUAAAGCGAUGAAGGAGAAGAUCGAUUUCCUUGAGUCAGACAGUCAAGCCCAAUCGCAAGCAUUCAACGAUCUCCACAAGCGGAUGCAGGAUGCUAUCGAAGCUGCGGAACGAGCACAUGACAAGUUGCGUCAAGAAGAAACGCUUCGACGGAAAUUGUUUAACCAAGUACAAGAGCUGAAAGGCAACAUCAGAGUCAUGUGUCGUGUCCGACCAGCCCAUAAGUCGGAAACGGAACCUGCACUUAUUGCUUACCCUGACUGCGACACUGACUGCAAAGAGGUGGCCAUCACUGGCCCUAGCAAGCAAAGUGCGACUGGUAAAGACAUUACUGCGUCAUACACCUACUCUUUUGACCGUGUCUUCGGCCCCACGACUCAGAAUGCCGAGGUGUUUGAGGAGAUUAGCCAACUGGUACAGAGUGCGCUGGACGGCUAUAAUGUCUGUAUUUUUUGCUACGGCCAGACCGGGUCUGGGAAGACGCACACAAUGUCGUCUGCUGAUGGAAUGAUUCCGCGAGCCACGGCACAGAUAUGGGAAGAAGCACAACGACUACAAGACAAAAACUGGCGGUACACGAUGGAAGGGUCUUUCAUCGAGGUCUACAAUGAGACCUAUAACGAUCUGCUGGGUCGUUCAGAGGAUCUCGAUAAGAAGAGAAUAACCGUGAAGCACGAAAAGAAUGGGAAGACCUACCUGGAAAAUGUUGUGAGCGUCAUGUUGGAUGGUCCUGAGAGCGUCGUAAAAAUCCUUACUACGGCAAGUAAGAAUCGGACCGUAGCCGCGACGAAGGCGAACAUGCGAUCAAGUCGAAGUCACUCGGUUUUCAUUUUGAAGCUUGUAGGGACAAACGAGGUCACUGGGGAAAAGAGCGAGGGUACGCUCAACCUCGUUGAUCUUGCUGGAUCUGAGAGGCUUGAACAUUCCAAAGCCGAAGGUGCACGACUUAAAGAGACGCAAAACAUCAACAAGAGUCUAAGCUGCUUGGGAGAUGUCAUCAAUGCUCUGGGAACAGCCAAGGAGAGCACGCAUAUUCCAUACAGAAAUUCUAAGCUCACAUUCCUUCUCCAAAAUUCUCUCGGUGGCAACUCCAAAACGCUCAUGUUCGUCAUGGUCAGUCCGCUGCAGGCACACUUGCAAGAGACUCUCACAAGCCUGAAAUUUGCGACUAAGGUACACAACACGCACAUAGGCACUGCGAAGAAGCAAACAAAGAACCAUGACAUAAAGCUGUCUGAGAUGAAGCAAGAGAUAAAGCAAGAACGACGAACUUGCUGA